AUGGAAAAUGAUUCAUCAGAGACGUCGGAUCUCAACCAGCAGUUUUGGGAGUACUUCAACCCUGAUCAAAUGAACUUGAACUUAAAUGACACAGUGCUAAACGCAGUGCCGAACUCAGACCAAGGUUUUGUAGUGGGUAUCUAUAGUGCAUUGUUUGUGAUUGGUGCAGUUGGAAACGUGUCAGUGUUUGUGUCUUUAGUGCGGUCGAGAAGAAGGAAGUCGAGGGUUAACUUGUUGAUGACUCACUUGGUGGUGGCAGACCUUAUUGUCAUUUUCAUCGGUAUACCUCUUGAGAUCGCCUGGCGCACUACGAAUGCCUGGUUGGCGGGUAACUGGGCUUGCAAAAUUUUCCUCGUUCUUCGAGCAUUCGGCCUCUACCUAUCAUCGAACGUUUUAGUCUGCAUAUCACUGGAUAGAUUUUUCGCAGUUCUUUACCCUCUACGUUUGGCAGUGGCAAGAAAUCGAAGCAAAACUAUGCUCUGGUUUGCAUGGCUCAUCGCUUUACUUUGCAGUUUACCUCAAAGUGUAGUUUUCCGUGUCAAGAACCACCCCACCGUGCCAGAGUUCCAACAGUGCGUCUCCUUCGAAGCCUUCUCCAACGAGCACCAAGAGCAAGCGUACAACGUCCUUGUGUUGUUUGCUAUGUACUUCUUACCGUUGAUCGUGAUCACCGUCUGCUACGCUUGUAUUUUCUGGGAGAUAAAUAAAAAUUCAAAGGAAAUCUCGGGUAAGUAUGAGCGAGGCAGAAUCCAACUGAGGCGAUCUGAUCAGCGCCCACUGGCCCGCGCGCGUCGCCGCACGCUGCGCAUGACUGUGACAAUAGUCAGCGUUUUUGCGUUUUGCUGGCUGCCCUAUGCAACGAUGACUUUGUGGUACAUGUUCCACCGAAAGUCGGCAGUGCACGUUUCCGAAAAGGUCCAGAACCUCUUCUUUAUCAUGGCAGUGUCAAACUCCUGUAUGGAUCCAUUAGUCUACGGCUCUUAUACAGUCAACAGAAGCAUAGUCAAAGAGAGCCUACGGAAAGCCUUCUGCGUUCCAAACAGUGGCUGUAAACCGAACGGUAUAAUCUCGGGGCCAAGCAAUUACAGUUGCAAAGUACCAAAAGAGGUUGUUCAUCCUAAUAACAUGUACACAAGAUGUCGGCGGCAAUACACGGUUAACUUCCAGGAGACGACGCUAAUUGGCCCAAGUGCUAACUCCGACCCCUUGCAAAGCUGGAGUGAGAACUCAAAGUUGGUCACGCCAAAACUAUGCGACGUGUUUACAGUUCAGUCGAAAGUGGAAGUUUAAAAACUAAAAAGUGACUUAUACUAACGAUUCGUUCAAACUUUUAGGUGUUCUAACUCGUGAUCUAAGAUUGAAAUCUAUAGAGCGCACUUUGACUUUGCUUAGAUUUAUGU